AUGGCUGCGUCCACGUCCCGGAAAACCACUUACUCCGCCGAAGAAGCUCGGGCGUUGCUAUAUGAUGAAGAGUUCAUCAAAACGUUGGAUAUCACACAGAGUGACAUCGAAGUCGAUAUCGACGAUUCAGAUGAAGACGACAGCGAUGGAGUUACCGUUGACGAACCUGUCGAAUACCAAGGACAUGAUGAGGAUACUGGUGAUGAUGAUGAAACUGAUGAUGGUGAUGGAGGGGCUUUCAUUGACGUGAACGACAAUCCUGAUAACGCGGAUGCGCCACAAGUUCGUCAGGUACCAGGACAGCGCCGAAUGUCAAACCCACCGGAUGGAUGGUCCAACAACAUUCCAGAUGUCAACUUGGGUGCCUACGGGGAAAAUAGCGGACCAAAAUGCAAUCUUCCGUAUGAUGCUCCAGAACUAGACUAUCUAAAGUGUGUGAUAGGGGAGGAUUUCUUUGAGAUGUUAGCUAGAAACACAAACAUAAAUGCAGCUACAAAGAAGCCCCCAGUAGAUGCCGACAACAAUGACGAAUACGCCUCUUCAGAUCCUGCAUGGACCCCAACCAAUGACAAGGAAAUGAUGGCCUUUGUUGCAAUCAACACACUCAUGGGUAUAACAAGGACAGCUGAAUACAAUGAUUGCUGGUCACAAGAUCAGGCCCUCAGAAAUGAGUACAUUUCAAAGUUGAUGACCAAAAACCGCUACGAGAAACUAUGUCAAUAUCUCCAUUGCAGUAAUGUCCGCGAACGGCAUGAGGAAGAUGAUAAAAUUCACAAGGUUAGGGAUUUUGUAAAUGUUCUGCAAGAGAAUUUCUCAAGCAUGUUUGUGCCAGGACAGACCCUCUCGGUGGAUGAAGCGAUGAUCAAAUAUAAUGGGAGGUUGGCAUGGAAACAAUACAUGCCAAAAAAGCCAACGAAAUGGGGCAUCAAACUAUGGUGCCUGUGUGACUCGAAGACAGGAUACUGCCUUACCUUCCAAGUGUACACAGGCAGGGGAAUGGACGCUGAACUUGUUCAACAAUUUGGCCUGGGGUAUACGGUGGUGAUGGGGCUACUGAACCAGUAUCUGUUACGGAAUCACAUUGUCUACGCUGACAACUUCUUUUCAUCUCUGCCCCUCGUUGAAGACCUCCUUCAGGCAGACACUUAUUACUGCGGUACCCUCCGAAAGGAUCGCGUUGGUAUCCCACGUGAGCUACAACAAGUUCGGCUAGAAAAGUAUGACAACGUGAAGUGGGCCAGGAACGCGGUUACAGUCACAAGAUGGAAGGACAAGAGGGACGUGUAUCUGAUCUCCACGAACAACGAUGGGUCUGAUGGGCAGAAGUCACGUACAAAGUUUCGCAGAGAUGAGAGGAUCUCAAUCCCAUCGGUCAUUCAGGAUUACAACGCUGAGAUGGGCGGUGUUGAUCACGCUGAUCAACUAAGAAGCUAUUACAAUGUUGGCCGGACGGGAAGAAGGUGGUGGAAGUACCUCAUGUGGGGCCUCCUCAACAUUGCCAUGGUGAAUGCAUACAUUCUGUGGGAACUUUCAACGAGACCGCAUCCCUCAAAUUGCAGGAGUUGGUCCCUGAAAGCGUUCAAGUUGGCCCUCAUCCAUCAGCUUGGGGAUGGAUUUUCUUCUCGUAAGCGUCGUUCAAGUGCUGAUGGUGAUCGUCCCAUUGAAAAGGUGGUGGCAAAGGAUGUCAUCAUUGGUCACAGUCUUGUGGCAUUCGGCGACAGGAAGAAAGUCUGCAUGCAGUGUAAGAAGGCUGGGAGGAAAGCCCCAAGUGGUGAAAGUGUUCAGACAAAGUUUGGGUGCACGGGAUGCAGACUGAAUCUAUGCAAAAACCCGUGUUUCAACCAGUGGCAUAACAUCGUUUAG